AACUCCUAUUUUUACUUACACAAAUUGAUAACCUAAAGGUUUAUUAAAUCCUUAUCUGAAUUUAAUUUUCUUUCGGUCCAUUAUCAAGGAAACAUAUCUAGUGGUAGUCAGUGCUAAAAGAACUGAUAUUUUGCACAACGAUUUACAAAUCCAAACCAUGGAUCGUCUGUAUAUUGUUCUCUUUCUUGCAUUGUAUUGUAUUUCAAAAACUAAAUGCAGCUGUGGAAAAUACCAAUACUGCACUUUACUGGAUUGGCAGAGCUGGGAAGCGUGUAUGGGUCAAUGUGGAGGCCUAACGGAGCAUGUACGGAAACGGUCCGUGUGUGUGGAGACCUCCAAAAUCCAACCGUUCACUGUAGAAAAUGUCAUUGCGUAUUGUAAAUUCACAGAACCACUUUCAGAAAAGAAAGUGUGUCCACAAUGUCCACAUGGGAUAUUCAAUGCUUCAACAUCAAUGUGUGAUUAUUGCAAUUUACCAAAGAAGACCCGUGUGCGCUACAUGCGCCCGGAUUGGCUGCGUUAUCUUGAAAUAUCUCUGCUGGUCAUCAUCUCGCUGACUUUGCUGAUGGUGAUGGGCUGUCUAUGUCGGAAGUGCUGUAUAUGGUGCGAGUGCUGUGAUGAUGACGAUGAUGAGAACUACAAUAAAACAGAGGGUGUCUAAUAACAAGAUGCAAAAAUCCUGACCUUACACAAAACAUUUAGUGUGACUUUACCGUCAAAAAUACGUUGGAUCUUUCAAUUUUUUUGAGUUGUUCUCAUAUCUGGUUUGAUAAAAUAUCAAACUAUUUGUAAUAAAAUAUCAUGUUGUCGAUUCCAGGACAUCCUGACUGAUUUUUUACUUACCAUAGUGUUUGUAUGAAUUUUUAGCAAGAAAACUGGAAAAUGACACAAAAACUGGUUUUUUGUGUAAAUGAAUCUAUAAUACACAUG